UUUCCCUCGGCAGUUCAUGAUGGAAGCCAACACAUACAACUCGCAGGUGAUCCGGAUGACAGAGCCAGAGCCAUCAAGCGGCGCCAAGGUGGCGUCAUGGAUGAAGGAGAACUUGCUACUGAUGUUGACGGUGCUGGGCGUGGUGUUCGGCAUUGCGAUCGGGGCCAUGGCCAGGAUGGUCGAGUACUCGGAGGACACGGUCAUGUUGGUAGCCUUCCCGGGAGAGAUCAUGAUGAGGAUGCUGAAGAUGCUGAUCCUUCCUCUCAUCAUCUCCUCCAUCAUCACAGGCGUGGCCCAGCUCGACGCCUCGGCCUCGGGGAGGAUGGGGUCGCGCGCCCUUGCCUACUACUUUGGCACCACCAUCUUCGCCGCCAUUACCGGCAUCGUCAGCGUGGCCUCCAUCCACCCAGGAAACCCGAACCUUCUAAAGCACGGAGUUGAGAACCGGCUCAAGGAGGGGGACGAUAAGGUUACGACGCUUGACGCCUUUCUCGACAUCAUUAGGAACAUGUUUCCCGAUAACCUGGUAAUGGCUAGCUUCUCGUCCACCAAGACUAUCUACAAAAAGGUCGAGGCAACAGUAAUUCGAGCGAAUGAAACUCUCGAUGCUGUGAACGGCACCAUGAACGGAACGAUGAACGGCACUGCCACUGAGGACAAAUACGUUCGUUCGCUCAUCAACUCCGAGGGGACAAAUGUCAUGGGCAUGAUCGUCUUCUGCGUCGCCUUCGGGUCCCUCAUCGGCCAGAUGCAGCAAGGGAAACUCAUGGUCGAUUUCUUCAUUAUCCUAAACGAUGUGGUCAUGAAAAUGGUCGAACUGAUCAUGUGGUACUCCCCAUUCGGUAUCAUGUGCCUAGUUAUCGGCCAGAUCAUGAGUAUCGAGGACCUCCGGGAGACGGCGCAGAUGUUGGGCCUCUACAUGUUGACUGUUAUCUGCGGCCUCUUUGUUCACGCGGUGAUCACGCUGCCUAUGAUUUAUUUCCUUGUAACGAGGAAGAACCCGGCAACCUUCUUCAGGGGGAUGGUCCAGGCGUGGAUCACAGCGCUUGGGACUGGCUCGAGCUCCGCGACUCUUCCCAUCACGUUUCGCUGCCUAGAGGAGAACAACAAAGUGGACAAGAGAGUGACAAGGUUCGUUCUGCCUGUGGGAGCCACUAUCAACAUGGACGGUACGGCGCUCUACGAAGCUGUUGGGUCUAUUUUUAUUGCCCAGAUGUACGGCAUCCACCUCGGCCCCGGAGAACUCAUCACGGUCAGUCUAACCUCAACCCUGGCUAGUAUUGGUGCCGCCAGUAUUCCCAGCGCUGGACUGGUAACGAUGCUGCUAGUACUUACUGCACUCGGCCUGCCAACAGAGAAUGUCUCUCUCAUUUUCGCCGUUGAUUGGAUCCUCGAUCGCGUCCGAACCUCCAUCAAUGUCCUCGGCGACGCCUUCGGAGCGGCCAUCGUAGAGCACCUGUGCAAGGAAGAGCUGGAGCGCAUGGGUCCCGCCCAGCCCUCGAUCGAAAUGCUGGACCGCGUGGAGUCAGGCAUGAUCCCAACACACACGCCCAUGGCCGCCUCCCCCCAGCCGACCCUCGCCUCGCCCAUCCAGGGCGGCCCCCCGAAGGACCUAGUGGCAAUGGCGGACAAGGGGAAUGGGCAGCUGUCAUGGGGCAACAACCCCGACAAGAGCCCCAACUCCGAAACCCAGAUUUAG